AUGUUCUUCUUCCUGCUCAACCUGGCCCUCACUGACCUGGGCCUCAUCUAUACCAUUGUCCCCAAAGCCAUGCACAAUUCCCUCUGGGACACCAGCAACAUCUCCUACUCAGCAUGUGCUGCACAGGUAUUUUUCUUUGCCUUUUUCAUUGCAUCAGAAUUUGCAUUUCUCACCAUCAUGUGCUACGACCGCUACGUGUCCAUCUGCAAACCCCUGCACUACGGGACCCUCCUGGGCAGCAGAGCUUGUGCCCACAUGGCAGCAGCUGCCUGGGCCUGUGGCUUUCUCAAUGCUCUGCUGCACACAGCCAAUACAUUUUCCCUGCCCCUUUGCCAUGGCAAUGUCCUGGGCCAGUUCUUCUGUGAAAUCCCUCAGAUCCUCAAGCUCUCCUGCUCACACUCCAGCUACAGGGAAAUUGGGCUUCUUGUGGUCACUUUCUGUUUAGGCUUUGGUUGUUUUGUGUUCAUUGUUUUCUCCUAUGUGCAGAUCUUCAGGGCCGUGCUGAGGAUCCCCUCUGAGCAGGGCCGGCACAAAGCCUUUUCCACCUGCCUCCCUCACCUGGCUGUGCUCUCCCUGUUCCUCAGCACUGACACGUUUGUCUACCUGAAGCCCUCUUCCAUCUCCUCCCCACCCCUGGAUCUGGCCCUGUCAGUUCUGUACUCGGUGGUGCCUCCAGCCCUGAACCCCCUCAUCUACAGCCUGAGGAACCAGGAGCUCAAGGAAUCUCUCAGGAAAGCCAUGUCUGUGUGCUCUUCAGCCUUUUCAUUGUCCCAUAACAACCCUCACAGCUUUGCACUGAGAGCCACACAACAGCUGGAAACACACCCCUGGUUUGGCUCCUGCUGUCUCUCAGCAUUCUCCCUCCAUGAAGGGGCUGCGAGUGGGUCAGACCCUGGGAAGGGACAGCAGGCCAGAGUCCCAAAUUAACCAAAGGGAUAUUCCAGACUGUAUGGGACUAGUUGUGGUAUAAAUGCUAAGGAAGGAGGAAUAAUAGAGGGCAUUUCCUAUCUACAGUGUUUGCCUUUCUGAUCAACCACUCUGCCUGCUCAAGUUCUGCUUCCUGGGAAGUGGCUGAACAUCACUCACUGGUGGGAAGUAGAGAAUAAAAUUAUUGGGAUUUUUUUUUCUGGUUGCUGGUGCACAUACAAACUUCUUAUUUUGCUAUAGAAAACUGCCUUAUCUCAAUCUAUGAUUUGUCUCCCAUAUUAUUUUCUCUCCCCUGUCCAGCCAUGGAGGGGAGUGCUAGAGCAGCUUGGUAGGCACAUGGACUCCAGAAGAGGUAACCCACCAGAAGAAGCCACAGAAGGCCAGCUUUCCUCUGUCAGCAACUCACAGUGCAUGUCAGAAGAGGCCAAGUCUACCCUUAAGUAGAUUUUAAUGUUUUUCUGAUUCUGUUACAUUAAAAGAAAUGCUAAUAUUCACCCUAUUUAUCUUAAUUAUCCCUCCUUCAUGUGUGACCCAGAGACAUUGUGUAAUCAGGGAAUCUCACAUUUUAUUUAGGUGAAAUAAAUGAAUCUGCAACCACUUU